AUGUCGCAGGCCGACACGGCACCAGGGCCACGAGACAAACACCUCAGGCAGUCUCUCGGCACUCUAUCGUCGAACAUCCGGAAGUCUCGCGUACUCCUCGUCGGUGCUGGCGGAAUCGGGUGCGAACUCUUAAAGAACCUUCUGCUGACGGGAUUCGGCGAGGUUCAUAUAAUCGACCUCGACACGAUUGACCUAUCUAAUCUGAAUCGCCAGUUUCUCUUUCGGCAUGAACACAUAAAGAAGCCUAAAGCCUUGGUUGCAAAGGAGGUAGCGAGCAAAUUUCGCCCGCAAGCAAAACUGGAGGCAUACCAUGCCAAUAUUAAAGAUAGUCGGUUCAAUGUCGAAUGGUUCACGUCUUUCGAUAUCGUUUUCAACGCUUUGGAUAACCUGGAUGCCCGACGACACGUCAAUCGCAUGUGUUUAGCAGCAGACGUACCGUUGAUCGAGAGCGGGACGACCGGGUACAACGGGCAGGUCCAGGUCAUAAGAAAAAGUCGCACCGAAUGCUAUGAUUGCACCAGCAAGCCGGUCCCUAAAUCUUUUCCAGUUUGCACGAUAAGGAGCACGCCAAGCCAGCCUAUUCACAGCAUCGUAUGGGCGAAGAGCUAUUUACUGCCAGAGCUUUUUGGGACAUCUGAGGAUGAUGUUGAGAUGGACCAUUCAGAGGACUCUGAGAAUGCCGAAGAGAUCGCAAAUCUCCGACAGGAAGCGCAGGCCCUCAAGGAGGUUAAAAAUUCGAUGGGGUCUUCGGAUUUUGCCAAGAAGGUAUUUGAGAAGGUGUUCUCUCAAGAUAUCGUAAGACUACGCAGCAUGGAAGAAAUGUGGAAGAGCCGGAAGGCCCCCGAGCCUCUUUCAUAUGAAUCUUUGGAAUCUGAAGCUAGUUCGGUUGACUCGCUUAUAUCCACUCAGGACCAAACGACUUGGAAUUUGGUUGAAAAUUUUGCUGUCUUUAAAGACAGUACUGAGCGUUUGGUCAAGAGAUUGAAGACCCUGCAAGCAGAAGUCCCAGAGGGGCCGCCUCCAAUCGUGACCUUUGACAAAGAUGAUGUCGAUACGCUUGAUUUUGUUGCUGCCGGUGCCAACCUUCGCUCCGCGAUCUUUUCAAUCGACUUGAAAUCUAAAUUCGAGAUUAAGCAAAUGGCUGGAAACAUUAUCCCAGCGAUCGCUACAACUAAUGCCAUGACAGCUGCACUCUGCGUCCUACAGGCGUUCAAGGUUUUGAAGGAUGACUAUGAAAACGCAAAAAUGAUUUUCCUUGAGCGGUCUGGAGCUCGAGCUAUCAACACAGAUACCCUCAAACCGCCUAACCCAGAAUGUCCAGUUUGCUCCGUUGCCCAGGGAAAAAUAUUCGUCGAUCCGGAUAGGGCCACUUUAAAUCAUCUAGUCGAGGGCGUCCUCCGGCUAAAGCUAGGCUAUGGAGAGGAAUUUUCAAUCAGUAACCAGCUUGGAACCAUCUAUGAUCCUGAUUUAGAAGAUAAUUUGCCGAAGAAACUAAGCGAACUCGGCGUGGAGAAAGAUAGAUUUGUUACUGUGAUUGAUGAAGAGGACCAGCGACCCAAAGUUAACUUGGAAUUGCUUGUUGCUGAACGACGGGCUCCUGAACCAGAGUCGCCAAUAUCUCUUGAGACUGAAGUCACCAUCCCGGCUAAACCCAACGUGCCUGCACCAGAAGUCACCACAAAUGGUGCGGCGGAGCAGACCAACGGUACGCCAGGCAAAAGAAAACGAACUGCAGAGGAAGCAGAGCUCGAAAAUGGCGAUCCUCUAGCUAGGAAAGUUGCGAAAAUCGACACGAAUGGCGGCGACAUCAAUCCGAUUGUCCUAGAUGAUGAUACAGGCGCGAUUCUAAUCGAUGAUUAGUCCCUUCUAGUACCAUUAAUCAAACCCACGCAACUCACUGCUUAAACCGUUCCCCUUUGAUCGGUGAGAUACCAACCCGGUCGAGUCGGACAUCCAACCCAUCCGUUUCCAAGACGAGCGGUAUCCUUUCUACCAUUUUUUCAUCAAUCUUUUGAUGUGAACCAAUUAAUCACGGUCGCAAAAAAGCUCUUCUAGAUUCUAUGUCAUCAUAUCUUGCUAUUGGUGUUCUGUUUUUCAUAUUCCUGUACAUACAUGGGAGGAUAUGUGAGGUCAAUGGGGAUUUCCGGCGCAAAACUAUACGGGUGAUAAAGCUUUGGCUCGAAGUCGUUGGCUCUCUGUGUUGCAUUUCUGCAUUGCUCUGGAUGGAACAGGAAUUGUUUUUCUUUUCUUUUCCUUUUUUUAUUUUUGUCUAUUUCUCGCGAUCGGACGGAAAUAUGACGCGACACAUUGUAACUGUAUCUUUUGCACGUUCUGGCUAUUU